AGAAGGGAGGCCAGGGGACAGCUUGCACAGCUCUUGCUUGGGGUUUGUAGUUGUUGACGAGUCUCUUACCUGUCCAGGUCUAAAGGCCUCUGCCUGUAAGAUGGAGAUAUUUCCACAUCCUACUGAAGACAAGGGAAAGCAACGUUACUGACUGGCCACUUGGGAUCCACGGAUAAAGGCACUAUUCAAGUUCAGAACAAGGAGCAAGCAGAAGUGGCUGGAGUGAAGCCAAAGCAUGUGCUGAAUACAGGAAGUGUGCAAGCUGCCACUUCUAGGGCGCUGUGGGAAGAGAGCCAGAAGCAGGACACACCCGUGGGGACAGUGGAGGGGCUGCCUCUCAUCAUCGAUACGUCACUGAAGGGAGCUGACCUCACCCAGGCUGGAGCCUCACUGAGGCAGGGAGUUGAAGCUCUUGACCCAGGCCAAGAACCCCCACCCACAGAGGCAGAAUCCAGGCUUCCUGCACUAGCCAGCGAGGACACUGGGACCACCCUGGAAUUGUCUGUAGCAAUUGACAGAAUCAGUGAGGUCCUCACUAGCCUCAGGAUGUCCCAAAGUGCUGGCGAAGGAACCUCAUCCAGCAAGCCUGACUGUUCAGAGCCUGGCCCUCAGCCCCUAGGGCCACUAACUACAGACAGUGACAUUCACAGUGAUGAAGGACUUCCCAGGAUCUCUGUCCGUAUGCGAGAGAUGACUACUCCUGAGGAGCUGUUUGAGACCCAAGGUGGCAGCCCCAUUGGCUCGGCAGAAGCUCCAGGCCCUGGAACUGUGUUAGAAGACCAGAUCCCUAAAGGAGCCAGACCAUUUCCACCCCUGCCAAAGAGGAGCUGCAACAAUGGUGGCGCGAGUGCAGAGGAGGCAACAGGGCCUGGGGCUGAGCCCAUCAGAGGACCAAGCUUGGUCACAAGGGACUGGAGAGAUGAACCUGUUGGGACCACAGACCUGCAGCAAGGCAGAGACCCAGGAGCGGUGAGCCCUGAACCUGGGAAGGACCAUGCAGCCCAGGGCCCAGGGAGAACCGAAGCUGGAAGGAGGGUGUCUUCUGCUGCAGAGGCUGCCAUCGUAGUUCUAGAUGACAGCGCAGCACCCCCAGCCCCUUUUGAACACCGGGUAGUGAGCAUCAAAGACACCCUCAUCUCGACAAGUUACACAGUGUCCCAACACGAAGUCUUGGGAGGGGGCCGGUUUGGCCAGGUGCACAGGUGUACAGAGCGGUCCACAGGCCUUGCACUGGCAGCCAAGAUCAUCAAAGUGAAGAACAUAAAGGACCGGGAGGAUGUGAAGAAUGAGAUCAACAUCAUGAACCAGCUCAGCCACGUAAACUUGAUCCAACUUUAUGAUGCUUUUGAGAGCAAGAACAGCUUCACCCUGAUCAUGGAGUAUGUGGAUGGAGGUGAACUCUUCGACCGGAUCACGGAUGAGAAGUACCACCUGACCGAGCUGGAUGUGGUCUUGUUCACAAGGCAGAUCUGUGAGGGUGUGCAUUACCUGCACCAGCACUACAUUCUGCACCUGGACCUCAAGCCAGAGAACAUACUGUGUGUCAGCCAGACUGGGCAUCAAAUUAAGAUUAUUGACUUUGGGCUGGCUAGAAGAUAUAAACCUCGGGAGAAGCUAAAGGUUAACUUUGGUACUCCAGAGUUCCUGGCUCCAGAAGUUGUUAACUAUGAGUUUGUCUCAUUCCCAACAGACAUGUGGAGUGUGGGAGUUAUCACCUACAUGCUACUCAGUGGUUUGUCCCCAUUUCUAGGGGAAACAGAUGCAGAGACCAUGAAUUUUAUUGUGAACUGCAGCUGGGAUUUCGAUGCUGAUACCUUCAAAGGGCUGUCAGAGGAAGCCAAGGACUUUGUUUCACGGUUGCUGGUCAAAGAGAAGAGUUGUAGGAUGAGCGCCACACAGUGCCUGAAACAUGAGUGGUUAAAUCACCUGAUUGCCAAAGCCUCAGGCUCCAACGUUCGCCUCAGAUCCCAACUACUGCUGCAGAAAUAUAUGGCUCAGCGUAAAUGGAAGAAACAUUUCCAUGUGGUGACUGCAGUCAACAGGCUAAGAAAAUUUCCAACGUGUCCCUAAUCUACAACUGGGCCUGGGAGUUCCUGAGGCGACACGCAGUGGUAAUGUGAAGAGAUGACUCAGGAUUUUAUGGAGUCAGGAGCUUGGCUGUUAUUGAUCUUAUUUUGCAAAGAAUGGUGGAAGGAAGAAAGAGAGAAAGAAAGAAGAAAAGGGAAAAGGAAAGAAGAUGGCUACGUUGCUGGCCUCCUUGUGGAUGAAAGUGUGUUUUUUUAAAGCCCUAGGAAGGUCACCAGGUCUAAUGCUGCCUCCUCCCCAGAGCCCUCUCUUCUGGUAAUGAGAGUAGGCACGCUCAGGAAGGGCAGGGAAAUCCUACUUGGCCUUUGGUCAAAUUCAAUUCUAAACUCGUCAUGAUUAAAGAAGCCAGUAGGGAGGGAAGCAUGGGACAGGGAGGAAUUAGGUCUGACAGUGGGAAGGAACAUGAUCGAAACAUACUGUAUAACAUUCUUAAAGAAUUAAUAAAAUGUAUUUUUAAAGGAGUCAGUAGGUUCGAGCUGCUUGCUAUUUUAGUGAAAGAAGCUCCUUUUUUUUUUUUUUUCAGUGAGUAAUAGUGCAAAGAUUCAGAAUUGAUCAAAAUGCAAACUGCACUCAACUCUGGGUGAGUCAAUCCUCCCCCAUCCAAGGCUCAGGGAGCGUCUCAGAACAGGGGACGGAAAGAACGUAAGAGUUGGUAGAUGAGGAGGAGUCCUAGGGGAUGUCUUUGAGACAUGACAUGACUUGUGUUGGCAUCAAUUUACAAUAUCUUUGGCUACCUGCACAAGAUCAAGUCGGCCAAAAUUCCAGUGAGGAUGGGAGGAAACUCCUGAGGCCCACCCCUACUGGUGGAGCUACUGGCAAUUGUUGGCUGAUGAGGCAGGGAGAAUUGUUCUUCUUUAACCUCUAGCAGUAGUUGUUUAUGCCCCAGUAGAUGCUACAUACCCAUGUGCAGAUGGGCAGUACCAAUUAGACUGGGGAGGUUACUGAUGGCAAAAAAAUAAAUAAAAGGAGUACCUGUAGGUAGGAAGGAGAUGGAGUGGAACAUUAGGGAGAAUUGGGAGCAGGUAGAUGGAUAUGAUCGAUAUGCAUUGUACUAAUGUAUGGAGUGUUCAAAGAAUAAAAAAGUCAUUUAAAACAGAA